AUGGCUGACGCUCCUGCUCCCGCUCGCGGCGGAUUCGGAUCUCGUGGAGACCGUGGUGGUGACCGUGGCCGUGGCCGCGGCCGUGGACGUGGUCGUCGUGGCGGCAAGUCCGAGGAGAAGGAAUGGCAGCCCGUGACCAAGCUCGGCCGUCUCGUAAAGGCCGGCAAGAUCAAGAGCAUGGAGGAGAUCUACCUCCACUCUCUCCCCAUCAAGGAGUACCAGAUCGUCGACUUCUUCCUUCCCAAGCUCAAGGACGAGGUCAUGAAGAUCAAGCCCGUCCAGAAGCAGACUCGUGCCGGUCAGCGUACCCGCUUCAAGGCCAUCGUCGUCAUUGGUGACUCUGAGGGCCACAUCGGUCUCGGUAUCAAGACCUCCAAGGAAGUCGCGACUGCCAUUCGCGCUGCCAUCAUCAUCGCCAAGCUCGCCGUCGUCCCCAUCCGCCGUGGUUACUGGGGUACCAACCUUGGUGAGCCUCACUCGCUCCCCACCAAGGAGUCCGGAAAGUGCGGUUCCGUCACCGUCCGUCUCAUUCCCGCUCCCCGUGGUACCGGCCUUGUCGCCUCGCCCGCUGUCAAGCGUCUCUUGCAGUUGGCUGGUGUCCAGGAUGCCUACACCGCAUCCACUGGUUCCACCAAGACUCUUGAGAACACACUGAAGGCCACCUUCGUCGCUGUUGCCAACACAUACGGCUUCCUCACACCCGACCUGUGGACUGAGAACAAGCUCACCCGCAGCCCGCUCGAGGAGUACAGCGAUAUCCUCCGUGAGGGCAAGAAGUACUAA